CGCUACCAUCAGAAACCUGAGUAACAGAGCGUGACGAUGAAGUGCUUACUACUGCUGCUGAUUGUUUGUGUGGUGGCCUCGUAUGGCUCAGCUCAGAGGAUAGUUCCAAACAGGGAUGUUUUGGCCUGUACCCGCCACAUGAAAUGCGGGCCGAAUGAGGUCUACUACUGCUGCGGAAUGUGUUUCGAGCUGACCUGUGAUAAUAUGUCCCGCGACAGGUACUGUAAUGAACGGUGCUACAAAGGAUGCUACUGUGCUGACGGAUACACGCGUCGAUGGGCGGACGGGGCUGCGUGCGCGAUGCGCAAUGCGCAGCUGGUCGAAAAUAAUUGUAAACGCACGGAACACAUAACGGCCUAAAACUAGCGGAAAUGAUGACAACUAAAGAAUUGUUUCCUACGUAGCAAAGACAUUGUGAUUGAUCAUAGAUGAAAUAAGAAUAAAAAUCUGCACCAUGGAAAACGACUGCGCAAAAACAA